AUGCGCAUCCAGGGGGUGGGUAUUUUCCUGGGCAGACUGUUAUCUCUCCUGGAGGGGUGGGUAUUCCUCUGGGCAGACUGGUAUCUCGCCUGGAGGGGUGGGUAUUCCUCUGGGCAGACUUUUAUCUCGCCUGGAGGGGGUGGGUAUUUUCCUGGGCAGACUGUUUUCUCUCCUGGAGGGGUGGGUAUUCUCCUGGGCAAGCUCGCCGCCCAAAAGGGGUCGCUGGUCGGCGAUUUACAGGAGCUACCCGCUGCCGAUGGCGAAAAGGCCAGGGCCGACUGGGUCGCGGUGGUGGUCACAAGAGGUGGACAAACAACUCGGCGAGUGCGUACGGGGUACCUCGUAUUCGUUCGACGAUGCGAUGACUGGUGA